AUGUACAGACCACGAGCACCAUUACCUCCACCCGGCCGUGCCGGUGGUGCAGGCAUGCUUGGCGGAUUAUUGGGUGGCUUAGGUGGCGCUGUCACUUGCCUCUGUUGCCUAACAGCACUUGGUCUAAUCGGACUUUGGGUUACAUUUAUUCCAUUCGUUGCAUUCUUUAAAUAUGCAUAUGAUCAAGAAGUAAGAGCUUUUGGUGGUAGUCCAAGUAUUCAUAAUCUUCAACAAUUUGUUAUUCUUCUUGCUAUCUGCUUAUUGACAAUGCGUUUCGUCAAGCGGCAAAUGAAUACAUAA